AUAAGCGGAUAUCACAGUGACUUCACUUCCGAUGCAAAUUUUACGACUGUAAAAAUAUUUUUUGUGCUGAUACGAAUUACAUUAAACUCACAAUUUUACACUCAGGAUCGUGUUUGGUGCUAUAAAAAGAACGAAGGACGAGUUGACGUAGGGCCCUGAAGCGUGGAAACAUUGUUGCAGCCACUGUUACAUUGUUGUUUUUGUAAACAGCAACGCAGGGACCUGAAAGUAGAAUACUAUGUCCGCGGAACUGGACCUUUCGCCCCCAGAGGUACCUGAACCCACUUUGCUUGAGAGUCUCCUGCGCUAUGGACUCUUUCUGGGAGCUAUUUUCCAACUCAUCUGCAUCUUGGCUGUCAUAAUACCGACCUCCAAGGGGCAUGAACAGGAGGAGACGGAGCCAAGUGACAUGAAGGCUGGUGACCAGAAUAAGAAGUCAAAAGGACCUGCGCCUCAGAUUCGCCAGAAACUAAAGAAAGAGAGCAAGAAGAAGCGAUAGGUGUGUCGGAUUUUGUGCUGUCCAUGCAGUGCACCCAAAAUGAUUGUUACAUUUCAAAUUAUGUCAACUUUUUUUGUUCUAUCAAAUUCAACGAUGUCGCUACCAUGAUUUAUGAAAGAACAGAAGUGCAUUUGAAUAACUGUUUUAUUCAACUAGUCUGCUAUCAAAUGUCAUUUGUCAAUCUAAAACCUGUAAAGGCCUAAACACAACCAAAAACUUUGGGGACAUACUGUGCAUUCAGAAAGUAUUCACAUCCCUUGACUUUUCUCAAAACAUUGUGUUACAAAGUGUAAUUUUUCUUGUCAAUGAUCUACACACAUACUCUGUAAUGUCAAACUCGAUGUAUGAUUUGUUGAAUUAAUAAAAAAUAAAUGCUAG